AUGAAGACUUUAAAAGACUUUUUUAAGCCAAAACUAAAUUCUGGUGACAAUGAUCCAAAUGAUCAAGUUUUAUUAUCAUCACAGUGCAGUACUAGUCAGUAUAGUCAUGAAGAAUCGGAAAGGGGUACCUCAUCAACUAAUAUUAAUGUAUCAUCAGAUGAAUAUAACCAUAACUCAGAUUUACAUCCCGAUGAUCCAAAAAAUAUUGUACCAUUAAAUCAAAUAGAAUUUAAACAGCGAGUUAUCAGAGGACCUCAUCAACCAGAUUUAGAAUUUUAUCCUAGAUCAUCAUUUAGUGGAACUCAGCGUUCAUUUCAAAAAUCCUGGUUUAAAUUAUUUUCAUGGUUAGAAUACAGUCCAAAGUUUGAUUUGGCAUUUUGUUUUCCAUGUCGCAUGUUCAACAAUUCUAAUGGUAUAAAUGUUGGUCAAACUGAUAAGGCUUAUACAACAACUGGAUAUAAAAAUUGGAAAGCAGCUACCAUCAAAUUUAAAGCUCACCAAAUGUCUAAAGUUCAUUUAACCCAUUUACGCCCAAGGACACUGGGCAUAUGA